ACAGAAGUUGCAUACUUUAUCCGAAUCUAGGGUUUCAUUCUUCUAUUCUCCCGAUAAUCAGAUCCUCGAAACUCUACUCCUCGAAUCAGGUUUCAGUUUCUCAGUAGUUUGCCCAUCAGAUCAACAAAGUUUCAUGUCUGAACUUGAUUCCCAGGUCCCUACUGCCUUCGACCCGUUUGCUGAUGUGGAUGCUGAGGACUCAGGUGCGGGAACAAAGGAGUACGUCCACAUACGUGUGCAGCAGCGCAAUGGUAGGAAAAGCUUGACAACUGUCCAGGGUCUGAAGAAAGAGUAUAGCUACAGCAAGAUACUUAAGGACCUCAAGAAGGAGUUUUGUUGCAACGGAACCGUGGUUCAAGACUCUGAACUAGGACAGGUUAUUCAGCUUCAAGGUGACCAGAGGAAGAACGUCUCCACGUUCCUAGUCCAGGCUGGGCUUGUGAAGAAGGACAACAUCAAGAUCCAUGGUUUCUGAGCUGCUUGUGUUGCAUUUCCCCUAGGACGUUUGCUGCAUUCUGCUCUAGUGGAUCCUUACUGUUAUCCUCUCGUUCCAAAACAUUUCUUUCAACUUUCAUCUUUGAUCUCGUGUUACUGUUUUUUAAUAUUCGCAUUGGUAUGAUACUAAGAAACUACCAUCAUAUGUACUUUGGCUUUGCCACUUUU